AUGUGGCUGCUGCUGGUGCUGCUCGCCUGCACGGCUCCGUGCCGCUCAGCAGGCGGCCAGGCAGUGAGGGGGCCCGGCACCGUGUGUGGGCACCCGGGGAGGUCCCUCUCGGUGUCCUGCACGUACCGGCACAGCUACGAGACCAACCUGAAGUUCUGGUGCCGCCCGGGAACGAUUAGGAGCUGUGCUUUUGACACCCACAUCAUCGCCACCUCGGAGGAGGAGCCCUGGGUGCAGCGGGGCCGGUUCUCCAUCUGGGACAAUCGCACCCAGCGGGUGUUCACCGUGACCGUACAGAACCUGAAGGCAGAGGACGCGGGCACCUACCGCUGCGGGGUGCGAAAGCCCAUGUUUCACAUCGAUGACAGCGAUGAGGUGCGGGUGAUCCUGUCCCCAGGGCCACGACCGACGGCUACUGAUGCCCUCUUUUGGACCACUCCACAGUCGCUACCACCGGGCGUGAACUCUCCAUCGAGCACGGACGCGCCAUUGGGCACGGAUGCUCUGCGGAGCACGGAUGACGUGCCGUUGGGUGUGGACGUGCCAUCGGGGUGCUGCGACAGCCUCCGCUGGUUCCCGCUGCUGGCCGGGCUGCAGCUGCUGGCCCUGCUGGCCAUGAGCAUGGCCGUGCUCUGGCUGAGCCUGCGGAGAGGCUGA